CCACUUCCGGUUGAACAUUCCUUCUUCCGCUCUGUCGUCAAAGACGCAUUGAAACGAAAGCAAGCAAUACUUCUUUCAAUACGGUUACAUGUUUUAGAUUCUCGAUAUGUGUUAUCUGAAUACAUAUACGUAGGAGUAUUCGCCCCAACACAUGUAUGUAUCGGUAAGACAAAAAAGAAGAAGGGAAAUAAGAACAGCAUGAAUAUGAACGAGCCAAGUCCUGAAAGACAAAAUGCAAUCAACCGAAGUAUAGAUGAGGGGGUUCGGCAGGUGAUUGACAGCUUCGUGAACAAGUCACAGGAGACAACCGAAGCGCUGGUCAACUCGUUUACAUAUCUCACAAUCGAUCAUGUACUUGAAGCUGAAUCCAAGAAGAAGGCAACUGUCUCUCCUGUUGUAAGCAAUAUGGAGAAACCUGUCUGCCUUUCCUCAGUGAAGGAGAUAACAGAGGCGACUCCAUCAACAAAACAUUAUACUCAGACAGAUGACGACGGUGUAGAAGAACAGGCUCUGGAUGAGGGAACCAAGUCUGGCACGAUGACUGCUGGAGCUGUGCACCGAGGCAGCAGACCACAGAGAAAAUUUGACAACUUUGUUGAUGAUGUUGGUAGUGAUGAUGGUGAUGAUGAUGUAUCAGUUGGAGGAUACAGUGCAAGCUUUGCAGAGACAGGUAAAUGUGGCAGUGAAGGAGGGGAGAUAACCCAGUCUAAGGAAGAGUUCUUGUUGAAGGAGCAGCAGUUGCCCCAUGCAACACAGCCAGCUGCUGAGUGUGACCUCAGUAUGUUGGUGGAUCAGCAGUACGAUGCAGACAGUGUUGAUAAUGAUGAUGAUGAUGUUUCUGCUCAGCUUAACCCUGGUGAGGUUGACGUCCUCCCUGACAAUGUUCCCACGGAGUUGGACCUGCUUCGGGUCACAAGUCUAGAGCUGACCACGACACGGAAAACCAGCAGCGAGGACACACCACAAAUGACCGAGUCAGAGGAUCAGGUGUGUUCGGACCAGGUGGAGGCCUUCUGUCUGGACGAGGACUUCGACUACGACAAUGUCAAGCUGACCCCCAAGUUUACACCUCAAGAGUGGCAGUAUCUACAGACUUUCAUACCUACAGAUAGUAAACCCAGCUGAUAGCUAGAGAUUGACUAAGAAUUGCAAUAAGUGUGUAAAUAUUCAUGUAGAAAGAGCAGUAAAAAUCAUGUGUACAUUUGUUUAAUAAAUCAUGUUUUAUU